AUGGCUUCGUCAAAAUUUCCCUCACUCCCAAUCUCUCAAGUCACAAUCCCUUCGACUCCUCUCAUCGAUGCGGCGUAUUCAUACGUCAAACAACACACCAGCGAGUGCACCCUCAACCACUGCCUUCGAAGCACAGCAUUCUCCCUGAUGCUCCUACGCAAGUUCCCACCACUGGCUGCUGCGAAGAUCGACAUUGAGUGUCUGGUGCUGUCAGUCUUACUGCACGACAUGGGCUGGGCAACCACAAAGACCCUGUUGUCUACUGAUAAGAGGUUCGAAGUGGACGGUGCUAACAUCGCACGGGAAUUCAUCAAGUCCACAAACCCCGACGACCAAGAAUGGGACAAGCACCGCCUCCAACUUGUCUGGGACUCAAUUGCCCUUCACAGCACACACUCCAUAGCCUGGCACAAAGAACCCGAGGUAUUCGCCACGAAUUUGGGGAUUGUCGCCGACUUUCUGGGCCCCAACAUUCCUCUUCCUGGGGGUCUCGUUACCGUGGAAGAAUACAAGGAGAUUGUGGCCGCCUUCCCGCGCCUUGGAUUGAAGGAUGAGGUGGUCAGCAUUCUCUGUGGCUUGUGCCGGGACAAACCAGAAACAACCUAUGACAAUUUCGCGAGUGAUUACGGUAAGAUCUAUGGGCUGGAUGGAAAAGGCAACGGCAAGGAAGAAUGGAUAAAGACCUGUGAUGAGAACAACACUGCCAAGAACUUGAUGAACGGCUUGGCCAGCUGUGCGCAGUGGGAGGACUAA